AUGAAAACAAAAGAUUAUCGGGUUCCUUCAGUUUUGGCUAAUUUUCCCACCAAUGAUUUGUUGAAAAAAGAGUCGUUUUGCACUACGGAUCCAUUCAAAGAAUUCCAUUAUCCUCCAACGAUUCUCAACGGAGAUCUAUCACCGAGCUACGAAUUCAAUGUUCUAUUCCAUCACAAUUGCACUCAAGGAGGGCUUCGCCGUUGGGCAUGUUAUUAUUCGCCAGAGCCCCUCGCAUUUUGUCCUGUUGAUGGAGAGCAAACGGUUGCGAUGGAUGUGUGGAUUGGGAACAAAUGGAAUUCUAAAGAGUGUUGGCCUCUGUUUGCUGAUCCAAUUUUUUGA